AAAAAGGAUAAGCACUCUCGGGUCUCGCUACCAAGAUGACCAAGAAAAGAAGGAAUAAUGGUCGUGCCAAAAAGGGCCGCGGCCACGUGCAGCCUAUUUGCUGCACCAACUGCGCCCGUUGUGUGCCCAAGGAUAAGGCCAUUAAGAAGUUCGUUAUACGGAACAUAGUAGAGGCUGCCGCCGUCAGGGACAUUUCCGAAGCGAGCGUCUUCGACGCCUAUGUGCUUCCCAAGCUGUAUGUGAAACUACAUUAUUGUGUGAGUUGUGCCAUUCACAGCAAGGUAGUCAGGAAUCGCUCUCGUGAAGCACGGAAGGACCGAACACACCCACCCUGAUUUAGACCUGCAGGUGCUGCCCCACGACCUCCACCAAAGCCCAUGUAAGGAGCUAAGUCCUUAAGGACUGAAGAAAAGCUGUUCUCCAGAAAAAAAAUAAAUGGCGAUUACACUUCAAAAAAAAAAAAAAAAA